AUGCCAAACCUUGAACCAGAAUCGCCCCCCAAAGCUGUAGAGUCUUCUGAAAAAUCAUCACAAGAAGAUCUCGAUGAACUUGAUGAACUCGACGAACUUAACGAUGCUGAGCUUGGUGAACUCAACCAGUCUCUCUUUGGCAAAGAGCCAGCAAAUGACUCGCGAUUAACUCCAGAAAUGAUGCUCCAGUUUUACCAGCACUUUUUCCCCUACCGUCUCUUUUUCCAAUGGCUUAACCAGGGCCUGACUCCCUCCACAUCUUUCCGCCAUAGAGAAAUCGCCUUCACAUUAUCCAAUGACGCUUACUUGCGCUACCAAUCUUUCCCCACCGCAGAAGCUUUCCGCCGAGAAGUUCUACGCUUAAAUCCUGCUCGUUUCGAAGUGGGCCCUGUGUAUUCUGCAGAUCCCAAAGACCGCAAACUUCUCGACAAGUCUCAGUUCCGGCCACUACGCAAGGAACUUGUUUUCGAUAUCGAUUUGACCGACUAUGACGAUGUGCGUACAUGCUGCACAGGCAAAGACAUUUGUUCCAAAUGCUGGCGGUUUGUUACUGCUGCAAUCAAAAUCAUGGACUCCAGUCUGCGCUCCGAUUUCGGGUUCCAACACAUUUUAUGGGUCUAUUCAGGCCGCCGUGGUGCGCACGCUUGGGUUUGCGAUAAACGUGCCAUGGCAAUGGACGAUUCACGCCGUAGUGCUGUGGCUGGGUACCUCCAGUUACGACGGAAAGGCGAUGCGUCAUCAGACGGACUUUUGAAACGGCCGCUGCAUCCACAACUGAUGGCAGCACUUGGGGUAUUACAACAAACAUUCAAGCAAGACAUUUUGGUAGACCAAGACCCGUGGGGGUCGCGGCCUGGAGGCAGCGAGACGUUGUUAAAACGGUUAAGGUGUGGUGCGGCGUUGGAGACAGAGUUGCGAAGCAUGUGGGCUAAGGAAUCCAAGGACGAAGAUGAUGAAAAGACGAGUGUAGAUCGGUGGGAUGAUAUUGAUGUGGCGAUUCAACAUAUGGAUAAGGGCAGUGUGAAUCCACGGCGAGUCCGCGACGCCAAGGUGGACUUGAUUUUAGAAACAAUGUACCCACGGUUAGAUGUGGAAGUGUCGCGACAUUUGAACCAUUUGCUUAAGAGUCCGUUUUGUGUACAUCCGGCUACGGGUCGCGUGUGUGUUCCGAUAGACAUUGAGCAUGUGGAUGAGUUUGAUCCGUUGCAUGUACCCACUGUUUCUCAGCUGCUUGAUGAGCUGGAUGCUUGGAAAGACGAUAACGAAGAUGAGACGACGAGAUUAUCAGACGCAGAGAAAACAUCUUUAGGACCUUAUGUCAAGAUUUUUAAGGACUUUGCCAGCAGGCUGACGAACGAGGGAUUACACGAAAAGCGACAAAGAGAAGAAGGAUCCAUGGACUUUUAA